AUGAAUGGACAAUAUUGGAAGGGAUUUAAUGAAAUUGAAGAUAAAAAUGAAAUGGAAAAAAUAAAUAAAGAGGAGACAAUUGAAGAAGUAGAAGAAGAAAAAGAAGUAGAGGAAGAAAAAGUAGAAGAUGAAGUAGAAGAAAAAGAGGAGGAGAAUAAAAAAGAAGAAAAUAAUAAUGGAAGGUUCUCUUGGGGAGGAAUAUUUAAUAGAAAUGAAAAUAAUGGAGAAAAAAAGGGAAAUUGUUGGUGGAAGAAAAUAUUAAAUGGAAUUGGAAAUGUUGCUAAAAUGUUUGUUAAAGGAGAUUCAAAUGAGAAAAGUGAAAAUUUGGAUAAUUUAAAUAAAUUUGAAAAAGAUAAUGAAUGGAGUAAAAAAGAAAAUAAGGAAGAAUUUAUUGAAAAAGAAGAAAUUGUUGAAUUUAAAACAGAAAAGAAGGGAGAAGAUGAAAUAAUUGAGAAGAAAGAUAAGGAAGAAUUUGCUGAAAAAAGAAAAUCUGGGGAAAGGAAGGGUAGCCAGUGGUGAAAAGUUUGAUAUAUACUUUGGGUUAGGGUCUGGCGCAAGAGAUAAUUUU